AUGACAUCAAGAGAGUAUGAUUUUGAUGAUGAAUGUGACAAAUUGAGCACUAUGUUUGAGGAUAGAGGCUACCCCAAAGAACUUAUAGACACGAUAGAGAAAGAGGUAAAGCAAGCUAGACAAGAUAAAUUCAAACCUAUUUUAGGUUUAAGAGGUGAUUUGACCGAGAUAACACAUAAAAGGAGUAAAAAUAAUAAGGAUGAAGGACUGAGCAACUUUGUAGUGGACUUUAAUGGUAAUGCGCCUAAAAUGAAGAAAAUUUUGGAGGAAGAAUGGAAUAGGUUUAGAGAAAUUUCUGACCUAAGAUGUAUAUUUGAUGAACCAUUAAAAUGCACAUAUAGAAGAGGUAAAAGUUUAAAGACUAUGUUAGAAGCAUAUUAUCAGCAGAAAGAAGAUUUGCCUUUAAACUCUCAUGAUGGUAUUUUCUUGUUUUCUGGCACCACACUAGUAUUUCUGAUUUUCUUCAUGACAGUUAUGGUCUGUGUAAUUGUUUUUGGAAAUAUGUUGGUUAUGCUAGCUUUUCUGGUGGACAAACGUAUUCGGAGCAACAGUAAUUACUUUCUUCUGAAUCUAGCCAUUGGUGAUUUUUUUGUGGGUUCCUUUUCCAUCCCUCUCUAUGUCCCAUACGUGCUAACAGGAAAAUGGAUGCUGGGAAGAGCAGCUUGUAAGCUGUGGUUGGUUAUGGAUACAAGCAUUUGUGCUGCAUCAACAUUAAACAUCAUUGUUAUUAGUCAUGAUCGGUUUCUAUCUGUUACAAAGGCUGUUGAAUAUAAAGCUCAGCAAACAAAGACAAGUAAUGCCACAAGAAAGAUGAUAACUGUGUGGGUCACGGUUUUUCUUUUCUAUGGGUCAUUAAUUCUAGGCUGGGAACAUGCCGUGGGGAAAACAACUGUUCCAGAAGAAGCAUGCUAUUAUGCAUUUAGUAACGAAUGGGAUUUUUUACUAGGAUUUUCACUUUUAUCAUUUGGCAUUCCAGUAUUGUGUGUCACGUACCUUAAUCUGAAUAUAUUUUGGAGUAUUAGGAAAAACAACAAGAAACGAGUAAAUAAUGGGAUGGAAGAUGAAACCAAAAUAAAUUCAAGUGAUGGUAAACAGCAGCUUGAAUCAAUUCCUUCUCUAGAAGCUGAGAGUUCAUCUUCCUGUGAACAGAAGUCACCUGGACAAUACAUAGAAUGUGAAACUUCUAUCAACAGGAGAAAAACUCUGUUUAGUAUUUGUAAUUUUAAAGAGAAAGCUCAGUCAUCAGAAAAAAUGAAAACAAAAAGUACACCUCAGAAGCAUGCAAAUCAGUCAAGACAGUCACGAGAUGUAAAAAUUGCAAAAUCUCUAGCAAUCAUUGUAUGUAUUUUUGGAAUGUGCUGGGCACCAUUUUCUGUUGUCAUGAUUAUUUAUGCUGCCUGUCAUGAUCAAUGCAUUGAAAAGUAUUGGUAUGAAAUAUCAUUUUGGUUGCUGUGGUUCAAUUCUUUUAUCAAUCCAUUUCUGUAUCCUCUGUGCCAUGGGAGCUUCAGACGAGCAUUUAAGAAAUUUGUCUGUUUAAAAAAAAAUAAGUAA